AUGUUUUUUCUUUUUCUUUUAUAUCUUUCUUUAUAUCAUUUAAUCAUUAUUUAUUUCUUUUCUUUCAAAAAUUAUUAUUAUUCAAAUUUAUUCAAAUUUAUUCAAAUUUAUUCAAAUUUAUUAUAUUUUAUCUAUUUCUAUAGCACAAGAAUCUCACGAAAAUCAAAUAUAAAUAAUUGUACACCAACAAAUAGAUUUAGAAGAUAUUAUCAAGGAUAUAAAUAUAAUCAUUAUCAACAAAAUAAAAGCAUAAUUACUUUAAUACUAAUUAUCAUAUUUAUAAAUACAAUAGUACAUUUCAAAUAA